AUGCAGAAAACGGGAGAACUUGGCAUUACGGUCACCCAGUCCAACAUGGAAACGGAGCAGAAGCACCAGGAGGACAAGGUACUGGGAGGACCAAACAACAAAGCCGCCCCUGCCUCAGGGUAUGCCGGCAGGACUGGGAAUCAAGAUCCUGCUGCCUCCGUUCCCACGGUCUCCAGCCACGCGUCUCCCUUGGGCGGCGUCGCCCUGAGCAGCAGCAGAGUCAGUUCUUUUGCUGCAGCUACCCCCGGUGCCGCCAUUUUCACCACCGAUGAGAACCCGGGGCUGCCCAUCAUGGCUGUUCGUGCGGAGAGGCAUUCUGACCUCCAGGCCUGCUGCAGUCCUCAAGAAGACCUUGGAUGUGAGGUGCUUGAGGGGGGCAGCCGGGCUGCUGUGGAGCCACCCCCAAAGGCCAUUGGCCACGCUGACGAGCACCCCGCCGGGACCAAGAGCCCCUGGAACAAAUGUCGUAGGAAGCAGCCCUGCCGCGACCAGGCUGCCUGGGCUCAGAAGCCUCCAAGGCAGCGUCUGUUACCUGGGCUUUUGCCGCCAUCUUCUCCAGGGUCCCAGCCCAGUAGCCGUCGCCGUUCCCAGGCUUCUACUUCGAGUCAGGCAACCCAGCCAGGCCCUGCACUCCUAAGCCUUGCCUCUGAGGCAAAGCCUGCUAGCCAAAGCCACAUCGCCCUGCCAGCCUCUGCUCUCCACAGACGUGCAUCUGGCCCAGGCCCUGUCUUCCGACGCUGCACCGCCCCGCCAGGCCUUGUUUUUCCACCAGGUGCCAUUCAUCUAGACCCUGCUCUCCUAAGCCCUGAAUCUGCGCCAAACGCUGCUCAUGGAGGCCGUACAUCUGCACCAGACCCUGCUCGCCAAGGCCAUGCAUCUGUGCUUGACCCUGCUCGCCGAGGCCGUGCACCUGUGCCAAGCCCUGCUCCCCCAGGCCGCACAUCCGGGCCAAGUCCUCCGCGAGGACGUACCCUUCGCGGCCGCACAGCAAGGUCAACCCCAGCUUGUUGCAGCACCAGCAUGAUGCCAGGUACUGGCCUCCAGAGCCGGAGCCGGAGCCAUUCCACCCGGCGAAGUUCAGCCCUUCUCAGCCGCCUCUCUCUGUCUGGGCCAGCUAAUGAGAAUCCUUCCUGUGGGGCUGGCUUACGAAGGCUUGCCUUUCAGAGCAGCUCAGGCCCUCCUGAUCCUGAGGUGCCAAGCAGUCCUUCCCCACCUGUUUGGCAUGCAGUCCAUAUGCGUGCCUCCUCACCCUCACCCCCUGGGAGGUACUUCCUUCCCAUCCCUCAGCAGUGGGAUGAGAGCUCCCCCUCCUCCUCCCCCUCCUCAAGUAGGUCUCCUGGCACAAGUCCCUCCUCCUCCCCAACCAAGAUUCCUGGGCAGAGUUCCUUUUCCUCUUCCCCUGAGUUUUUGGGCCUGAGAUCUGUCUCCACUCCUAGCCCUGCUAGCCUUAGGCGUGCCUUGAUGCCAGAGUUUUAUGCUCCAAGCCCUUUCCCCCAAGAAGAGCAGGCAGAUAGCACAGCUCAUCCCCCAGCACCGCCUGAGCUGUGA